ACUGCUACAUUUGAUUCUUGUAGGGGCUGAGAUAACAAGAUAUCUUUAAUCUCCUCUGACCAAACUCUGCCACCCUUUGCAGAAGCAUCAGCCAGCUCUCUCUAUAAGACAACUGUGGAUAUUUCCUCCCCUAGUUACUGCUUCAAAAACCUUCCCUUUUACCUUUCUCUUUUCUGAUUCUCAAUCUCUUUAAUCACUUUCACUGAGUUUUCCAAAUUCUUUCUAUGUUUUGGUAUCUUACAUAUUUACUACAAUUUUCUUCUUUUAUCAGUGAGUAUCAGCUCAACUUCCCCAUUUGCUCUAUCUAUUUUUCUUGCAAGAAAGAUUUCAGCCUUUGUAGAGAAUCAGAAACCCCACCAUUCUUAUCCAUUUUUGCUCUGUUAUCUUACAUAGAAAUAGAUAAGUUGGUCACUCUUUUUUUUUUUUUUUUUUUUUUUUUUACAAAUAAAAACUUAAUUUUUGUAAGUGGGUAUUUCUUGCCUAGUAUGGAUUUGGAUUUGGUGGUGUGAUUGGAGACCUGGAAUCUGGAGAUGGCAAUGUUAGGAGUUUUUGGGAUCAGCAGUUUCAGACAUAUCAGCUUUAAGGUUUGUAGCGGCAGCAGAUAAAAAACAUCCUAGUCCACAAGAAACUCAAGAACAAAAGCUAGACACAAAAUCUCUUCACCAUCAUCCUCAGCUUCUCCAAAACCAGCAACAACAUGUGGAGGUUAUAUGUUCCAGUCAAGCAGCAGAAGUACUCCCCAGCAGACGAACUUUAGACCAGAUCAUAGAAAACACAAAAUCUAGACAAAGAAUAUGAAAGGAGCUGGAGGAGAAAUUGUCCAAGUUCAAGGAGGUCACAUUGUUAGGUCCACUGGGCGUAAAGAUCGACACAGCAAGGUCUCCACUGCCAAAGGUCCUAGGGACCGCAGGGUCCGCUUAUCUGCACAUACUGCAAUACAAUUCUAUGAUGUUCAAGACCGGCUAGGCUAUGACCGACCAAGUAAAGCUGUUGAUUGGCUCAUUGAGAAGGCCAAGUCUGCAAUUGACAAGCUUGCUGAGCUUCCACCAUGGCACCCAACUGCUAAUAAUAUUAAUGGAACCAUGGAGUCUGACCAGAAUGCUGGGUCUAGUGAAAUGGCAAUUACAGAGCAAUCAGAAUCAUCUGGGUAUAGUUUUCAGCUCCACAGAAACUUGGCUGAUAACCCAAGUAAUGACUCAUCCUUCAUUACACCUUCUAUAGAUCCUGAUACUAUGAAAUCUUUGUUCCCCACAAGCUCCACAACAUCAUCAAUGAACUUUCAGGGCUAUCCACUUGAUAUAAUCACAAGAACCACAAAUCAAACUGAAGAUCUUGGUCUAUCCCUUCAUUCUUUCCAAGAUCAAGGUCUAAUUCAUGGGCAAUCACAGGCAGACACAAGCCAUACAAAUUCAAAUGAUCAGAACCUUUUUGCAGGCUCAGCUUCAAUGGGGUAUGAAGCUAAUUUCCAAAGAAUGGUGGCUUGGAGCAAUAGCACAAAUAGAACAGCAGGUUUGCAACAGAGGGAUUGCCAGGUUUUAGCAUUCCAGCAAGAAUCCGUGGGGACGAAGAGCAAAGCCUUGUUUCAGAUCGGCCAUCCUCCUCCACUCCUUAGCUUACCUACAAGAAUCACAACCAGCCAUGGUGGGUUGAUGAUCAAUAGAAGAUGAAAAAUGGGAUUUCUCCCUCAGCAAAACUGGGGAUAUAGCUCAGUUGGCAGAGCUCUGCUCUUGCAAUUGUCGCUCCAUCCUCGCAGGGGCAGAGAAUCCGUCACUGUCAAUUCUGUAUCACCACAUGUGAGAAGAAACUAUAUGGUUGGAUUCAACAAUUUUUUUCCCCUUAUUUUUCUUUCACAUGUUUGACGAAUUCAGUACUCAAUCUAUAUAGAGCUUAUUAGUUGAGGGUAUUGGAUAUGCUCUCUUGGCUCUGCUUUGAGAUUUGUUUGAAAUUGCUGCUAGAAUUGGAUUCUGAUGUUAGAACUCUUUCUUUGUCAUUGUUGAGUGCUUAGCAUUUCACAUAGCUGAGAAAAAACACCACAGUAUGUGAGGCACAAAGAUGAUCAUUACAACCUUGAUUUUCUGUAAAGGGUAUGGAUUUUUUAAUCCAUUUUUGUGUUUGCAAGUACAAUGAAAUGCUAGAAUACCUAAAAUGAACUU